GGCUGUGCCUGGUCCAAUCCCCUGGAUGCGGGCGGAGUUGCUGAUGUUCCGAUCAAUCGCUUGACACCCCCCUCCCACAAAAAAAAACUUUCUCCCCCAGUCCCGGCACCAGGUGGAGGGGGCCUCGCAUUAUCUUCAUGCAAAUCGCCUCAAUUGCCUGUUCAGUCCGGAGAGCGUUUAUAAAGUCAGGAUGCAAGGGACUAGCCCCGCGUAAGAUCCCCUUUAACCCAGCCCGCACCGUCAAUGCUCGGUCAUGAGUUGUCUGGAUGUUAGAUACCAUCAGUCUUAUGGAGCCCACCAGUAUUUGCCAGCAGCCGCUGCAGCCGCGUACACCGCAGCCUGUUACCGUCAUCAUCACUCUCAGCAGCAGAAGUUAGCCCUGUACAGCAAGAUGCAGGAGUCCACGGAGAACAACUCGCAAAGCAAAGAGGGUGAAAAGGACCAAGCCCCUGAGGCCGAGUACAUCAGUUCCAGAUGCGUGCUGCUCACCUACUUCCAGGGGGACAUCGGCGCCGUGGUCGACGAACACUUCAGCCGGGCCCUGAGCAACUUCCCCAGCGACAACCGCAACUCCAAGCCGCUGGCUUCUUCCAGCGCCGCCUGGAAAGAAGGACUGCCAUUUUCUACAAAUCAGAAGAACAAUUUCCCUGCUUCUUUCUGGAGCAGCACUUACCAAGCCCCAGCACCUCCAGCUCUGAGUGCGAGUCACCCCGAUAUCUCUGCUGCAACUGGGAGUGUGUUUCAUUCCCCAGAUCCCAUGGCUUGGCCAGGACAUGGACUACACCAAUCCAGUGCUCCCCCAUCCAAUGUUGAGCCGUGGCCCUACACAUUGUCAUCACAAGGGAGUUCCAGCUAUCCACUUGUUCAUGAGGUUUACCCACAUAUGCAUCAUCCACAUGCCCACACCCACCAUCACAGUCCACAUUUAGACCCACGUUAUGGGUCAUUAUUGGUACCAUCAGUGAGAGCUGCUAGGAUUACCACAACACCUGGUGAAAUCACAAAGACAGACCCUGCUGCUGGUUCGUCUUGGGCUGGAGCCUUUCAUGGAACUCUUGAGAUGGCACAAGCCGUAAAUUUUGACACAGCCCUUUGGUACGGUGGAUCUCUCACAGGCUGAUGAAAAAUUCACCUCUGCAAUCUGAUGGAAUUGAAGUAAUGACCCAAAGUAUUUGCUUUUGACCAAUUACCUUCAGAAAUUGUAAUGAUGGAAAAUACGGGGUUUAUAUAAGAGUGUACUCUGAGAAAGCUGGCAAAAUGUUUUAAUGAAAUGAAAAGUAAAUUUGUAGAAUAAAUGAUGAUUUUAAGUGAAAGUGGUGAAGUGAAUCAACAAUUAUUGUUGCAGUGAAAUAACAAGGCUAUCUAAUUUCAGCAUCUGGAAAAGAGUGUCAUAGCCUGUUUUUUUUGUAGAAUUGGAUCGCUCUACAGGACCAUUAGCAGAAUCUGUUGGAUAAAGAUCAGCUUCAAGUAAAAGUUUAUGGAGAGUGAAGCACUGGGUGGAGAAUUGUAUUAGGCACAACAUAAAUUCUUUUAUUUUUGUGGUUAAAAGUAUGUGAAGUAUUGGAGUUUUUUAUAACUGUUUAUUACUCUGAUCUUGUUAAAAAUGUAAUGUUACUCUUCCAGGGAUUCCUACAUUUUUUUUUCUUGAUUUCAUUUUUUUUUAAUUUAAGUAUAGUUAAUCAUUUGUGGACUGCAGUAGCACUUUUACCAUGUCCUAAAUUGAAUACAGGUUUAAUGUUCUUUCUUUUAGUCUACUAUAGCAAUAUGUUCAUUUUGUUGGUAUUCAGCAUAUUGGCUUAACCACCAACUUAUUGCAAACAAAUUGAUAGAAGUAGAAGUAAGAUAACAACAUUGUUUUGAAACCAAAGAGGGGGGAAAAAGGGGGCAGAUUUUUCUACUGAUAAAAGGUACUUCUUAGCACACCAAGGUCUUUUUCAUCCAGAUUCUACAAGAAUUGCUUCCUUCAAAAUUUUUAAUAAUUGAUUGUCAUAAGGUAAAUUUUAUAAACUUGACAUUCAUCCUGAACAUUGUAUGGCAUCCACAAAGAGAAAAAUAAUGUAGCACCUUUCAGAUGCAAUAGAACUUUUAAUGCAUUAAUGGUUGUCCUUAUUUUAUACUUUGUUCUAUUAAAAAGGUAACCUUCUUCCCUUUAGUAUUUUUUUUAUAAAAAAAACCAAACACUUAUGGUGACAAGUAUGAAGGCUGUACAAAAUAUGCUUUGGGAAAGUGAAGAAAAUUGCCCUCAAUUCAUAGGAAACCAUAAAACUCAACAUUUCACAUUUGUUUGUAUUCAUGAUUUGGAGGUGCCGGUGUUGGACUGGGGUGUACAAAGUUACAAAUCUCACAACACCAGGUUAUAGUCC